AAAUUUAACAGAAAAAUAUAAAAUGUUUUUAAACAUAUUUUUAAAAAAUCGAAAACAAUGUAAAGUAAGACGAAUUAUAUUUACUAUUAGUACGAUAUGUAUAAUUUGUUUAAUAAUCUGGCUGUAUAUUAAACAUACGGCACCGAAAUUUAAUCAAUAUAGUUUAGUUAAAAGUUAUGAUCGAUCAUCUAUGGAAACUGACACAAAUAGAACACGUUUUAUUCUGUUGUGGAAUGCAUUCUUUGGAAAUAAUCGCUGGUGGCUACCGAAUGACUUUAACGAUCCUUCUUUUUUGCGGGAAAAUUUGAAAUGUCCAGUAUACAAUUGUAUAGUGACUAAUCAGAGGGAUGCCUUGGCUCAUGUAGAAAUGUAUGAUGCCAUUGUUUUUCAUACAGCUCGACAAUUUCCGGUUAACAAUUUUAUACCUAAAUACAGAUCCUGGCAACAAUUAUAUGUUUUCGCUCUUAUGGAAUCGCCUUGUGCAACUGAACAUAGUUUAAGUAAUGAAAGAAAUUUUUAUAAUUUAACCAUGACCUAUCGCAUGGAUUCGGAUAUAUUGUGGCCAUACAAUUGGUUUGCCGAUAAAGAGACUGGCAUGCGUAUAAUACCAGCUGAAUAUCCUCAAUGGCGUUCGGUUCCCGAUAGUUAUAAUGAUACAACUAUAUGGCAGCUUUGGCCGCAUAAGACAGAAAUGGCUGCCUGGUUUGUAUCGCACUGUAAAACACAAUCGCGAAGAGAAAAACUUGCUAAAAUUUUGCGAAAAUAUAUAGAAGUUGAUGUAUUUGGAAAGUGUGGAUCUAAGAGAUGUCAUAUAAGCUCGAUCGAAUGUGACAAACUUUUAGAUGAAAACUAUAAAUUUUAUUUUUCAUUUGAAAACUCCCUCUGCACUGAUUAUAUAACAGAAAAAGUGUAUAAUAUCAUGCGACGUAAUAUCAUACCAGUGGUAUAUGGUGGAGUCAACUAUGAACGCUUUCUACCGCCACAUUCCUACAUCAAUGUCGAUGAUUAUGAUACUCCACAAGAUUUAGCAAAUUAUCUUCAGUACCUUUCGGAUAGACCCGAAGAAUAUAUGCGUUAUUUUUGGUGGCGUCAGUAUUAUGAAUUGAAGUCUCAUUCACCUUUUUGUGAUUUAUGUAAACGAUUGCAUGAACCCAAUUUUUAUGUGAAGACACAAAGUUAUGAAAAUAUUGAGAAAUGGUGGAUGGAGGAUAGUUGUCGCUAUAGGUCGCGUAUAAAAUUUUGAGUGUUUUAUAUGCAUAUCGAGUAGUUUUAUGUUAUACUAUUUAAUGUUCUCAUUAUCAUAGUUAUCAUAGUUGAAUAUUUUAGUUUUAUAAUAAAGGUAUUAAA